GGUGACGUCACCCCGGCGCAUGCUGUUUAACGCCAGUGUUUCCGUCUUCUCUUCUCCUGAAGCCACAUCAACUACAUUUAUUUUUCUAGCUGAGAAAACAUUAGGGUGAUAUCAUGAGUACUGAAAAAUACCCCAGGACGUCUAUUGAAGACGACUUCAACUAUGGCACGAAUGUCGCAACAGCCAGUGUCCAGAUACGGAUGGACUUCCUGAGGAAGGUGUACACCCUGCUGAGUCUGCAGAUCAUCCUGACCACAGCCACCUCUGCCCUCUUCAUGUUCUGUCAACCCAUCAAGGACUUUGUCCACACCAGUCCUGCUGUGGUUCUGGUUUCGGCUCUGGGCUCUCUGGUUAUACUGGUGGCCCUGGCCGUGUACAGACACAAACAUCCAGUCAACCUCUACCUGCUGGCUGUGUUUACUCUGCUGGAAGCUGUUUCUGUGGCCACAGCUGUGACCUUCUAUGAAUACUCCAUUGUUCUGCAAGCCUUGUGCCUGACAUGUGCCGUGUUUGCUGGACUGACCGUUUACACCUUCCAGUCCAAGAGAGACUUCAGCAAAAUGGGCGCAGGACUGUUCGCCUGCCUGUGGAUUCUUAUCAUUGCAAGCUUCAUGAGGUUCUUCUUCCACAGCGACAGCACAGAGCUGAUCAUGGCUGGAGCCGGCGCUCUGGUCUUCUGUGGCUUCAUCAUCUACGACACCCACAUGCUGAUGAAGCAGCUCUCCCCAGAGGAGCACAUCCUGGCCUCCAUCAACCUCUACCUGGACAUCGUCAACCUGUUCCUGCACAUCCUGCGUCUCCUGGAUUCUAUGAAGAAACACUGAAAAGUGCACUUUACCCAGCUCACUGGAAACCCACAGAUAUGCCUGUUAUGUGAUUGUGUUUAUGUAACUUUCUCUCAUUAAGUUGACCAAACAUUUGAUUUUAAAGAGGGAACCUGUCUGUGCUUGGUGAAUUAUUUGCAGGCGUCUGCAUUACAUACCUAUAUUUGUCUUACUAUAGCUAAUCGGGCUGUUUGUAUUCAGUUAAGUAGAUCUAUAUGAGUGAAGUUUUGUUCCGUCUGCAACCAAAAUGUACACAAGGGAGCUUAAAUCUGCAUUACCUAAUUUGAUAUAAAGCCCACUAGUACCCCCACCUGGCCUAUUUGCAGCUCACUUAGAGUUUUAACACUAUUCAAUUCAGCAAGAGUUACUCAAACAGGAGGAAAUAUUACAUUAUUUAGCCACCAUUUUCAGUGGCGGAUUAAUAGUUUAAGUACAAUGCACCUAUAUUGCACAGAGAAAGCCAAUGUUAGAUUUAUCUUUUUCAUGGGGUUUGUUGAUAAUAGGAUUAAUAUAUUGUAUCACCAGGCUUUUCUUUUGAAAUAUUGAGAUAUAUAUUAUAUACUAUACUUGAAUUGUGACACAUAUGCCCUGACCUGGAAAGGUUUUCUGCUGUAAGAACGGAUCACAGUUGAUAGAAAAAUAUGUUCUCAUAUGGGGCAUUAGUGGACACCGUAACACAUUUAGAGUGAAUUUCUUUUCCAUAAGUAGGUAUUAUAGUGGGGUUUUACGUCUAUCAUUACAUAUUUUCUCGAACUUAAUUUACGACUAUUUUAUAAUGUUGUUACAUAUUCAGUAAGAAGAUGACACAUUCUAUAUUCAGUUUACUAAAGUGCAUUCCUGGGUUUAUUAAUUAAUCUUUGUACAUAUUUAAUAUUGUAAAUGUAACAGUGUACAGUUUAGUACUGUAUUUAGUAAAGAGACAAAUCUGAGAUUUAGAGAUUCUACACAAUUCUGUUCCUCCAUGUAUUCUCCAGAAUUGGGUAACAGAUCAAUAUUAUGAAGAUAAACUGUUAUAUGAAUGAUGUUCCAAACUACAGUUGUGCAUGUCUUGAUUGAGAUGUUAUCACCUAUUAGUUUUUUACUGGACUAACAGCAGAUUUAUGUCUUUCUGUCAUGGUGUACUGGUUUAAAAUGCAUUACUGAUCUCUUAUUGCACUUUAACUGCUUAAUACUCUGCUGUUAAGCAUUCUUUAUGGAGUUGUCACAGUGAUGUGAAAAUAAAGAGUGCCAUAUUUUCCAGACGGGAAAAGUAUCCGAGCGGUGUUAAAUAAAUUGAUUUGUUUCCAUCUA